AUGACGAAAUCACAUUAUAAGACAUUAGGAGUUACAGAAAACGCAACCUCCUCUGAAAUUCGAAAGGCUUAUUAUAAAUUGGCCAAAACUUAUCACCCUGAUAAAAAUCCCAAUGGAACCGAAAAGUUCAAAAAAAUUUCAAACGCGUAUGAGAUUUUAUCUGAUCACGAGCAAAAAGUGGCUUAUGAUUUGAAAAGGAAACGCCCGACCGAUUUCGAUUUCGAAAGCUCCUAUCCAAGUACUCCUUCUUCUAGCUCCAGCCCACGAAGCAAGAAGCGAACUCGAACAGCUCCACCAACUCCACCAACUCCACCUCCACCACCACCUCCUAAGAGAUCAGACUACCACGUCUAUACUACUGCAGAAAUUUCAUUAAAAGAAGCAUAUCUCGGCGUGAGUCCCAUCGAGGUUUGCUACAGCCUGAAAAUGAAUUGCGAAACAUGCCAUGGUAUUGAGAGUACUGUUCUGAAAUCUAAGCUUUGUAAGACUUGCAAAGGUGCUAAAUAUCUUGAAACCUUGGAUUACAACAGAAAUAAAGUAUCUGUUAUGUGUCAAGGCUGUGAUGGAAAAGGUGUAAAAACAUACAAUAAGAAAUGCAAGACUUGUCGUGAUGUCAAAACGAUUGGUAUAAUUGGGUUGCUUACGGUUAAAAAAGGAGUCCGUUCUGGCCACACGUUCCAAGUGAAAAACCAUGGUAAUGUCAUGCCCGACAAAGUUACAAAGGGCGACUUGUUUGUCAAGGUGACUGUCGGAAAUAAAUGGGGCUGUUUCUCGCGCCAGAAAGACAACUUAGUUGCUUCCAUCGACAUCAAGCUUCGAGAUGCUAUCAUGGGAAUUAAUCCAAAGAGUGAUUUCAUUAAACAUAUCGAUGGCCGCCAGUUAAAUAUCCAACUAGCCCCCGGCAAAGUUAUCACACCCGGCAUGACCAUCAUUCAGAAAGGAGAAGGUAUGCCAGUAUUCUCUGAUCCGAAUGGAAACAAGGGUGAUCUUAUUAUUAAAUUUAAUGUGAUUUUCCCUGUUCACAUCAAUAUUCCCACGGAUCCAUACGUUCUGGAAGAAAUUGAUAUUAUGUUCGAAACGGAGGAAGAACGUGAGAUUCGUGAGAACAAAAUUGUUAGCAAAGACGACGGUGAAGAUGAACUUGGAUAUGAUUCUUUAAACGAUCCUUUUGACGAUACAGAAGACCAGUUCUAUGACUGUGACGAUACAGAAGACCAAUUCUAUGAUUGUGACAAUCUUAGCGACUCGGAUUUAAGAAGCACGGACUCAAACACAUACUAUCAUUACAACGUAGCACAAAAUCGUUGA